GGCGCCUGCGCGAGCGUCAUUUCCUUCAAAAUGUCAGACGAAGAUAGGGAUACGCUUUAUUGCAUUUGUAGGCAGCCUUAUAAUGAAAAUGAAUUUAUGAUUGAAUGUGAAGUAUGCAGCGAUUGGUUUCACGGGAGUUGUGUAGGCAUCUUGGAACAUCAAGCGCCAGACAUAGAAAUUUAUCACUGUCCCAAUUGUCAGAUAUCGCAUGGACCUUUGAAAUACAUUACAAAGAAGUGUGUUUUGCAGUGAAACAAAGAAGAAACUGGCAUCGCCAUGAUUACUCCGACAACGGGUCAACCAAGGCAGUUCAGACAGGCACAGUGAUAUUCAUAAAAGAGUUGAAAGGAAGAGCAUUUCCUUCGGCAGAUGAAAUUCCUAUCACACGAUUGCGAGGACAUCAACUCUGCAAGGAAUUCUUUCAGAAGAAUGGCUUUGAAGUGCCCAUUCUUAUUGACAGCAAGGAUGGCCUUGACCUGACAGUUCCUCCCCCCAACUUCACUGUUAGGGAUGUUGAGGACCAUGUAGGCUCCAUGAGGGAGAUUGACGUGAUAGAUGUAGCGCGGCAAGAGGACCACAAGAUGUUGAUGCGAGAGUGGACAGAGUAUUACAACAGCCCCAACAGGGACAAGAUCUUCAAUGUCAUCAGUCUGGAGUUCUCAAAGACCAAACUGUCAGACCGCGUGGAGGUGCCGCUGUGUGUACGGGACGUGAGCUGGGCCUGUAACGGGGUGUGGCCCGACCAGCUGCCCGAGGACUGCACGUACCGCAAGCCUGAGGUGCAGAAGUACUGCCUCAUGGGGGUCAAGGACAGCUUCACAGAUUUCCAUGUUGACUUUGGUGGCACCUCCGUCUGGUAUCAUGUGUUGAGGGGUGAGAAGGUGUUCUACCUGAUCCGCCCCACCAACGCCAAUCUGGGUCUCUAUGAGACCUGGCUGAACGCUUCCAACCAGAGCGAGCUCUUCUUUGGAGAUCAGGUUGACAAAUGCUACAAGUGUGUGGUGCGACAGGGCCAGACCGUGCUCCUGCCAUCAGGUUGGAUCCACGCGGUUUUCACCCCCAUUGACUCUCUGGUGUUCGGUGGAAACUUCCUUCAUGACUACAGUAUACCCAUGCAGUUAGAAGUUUAUGCGAUAGAGAAAAGAGUGAAAACUGCAGAGAAGUAUCUCUUUCCAAGCUAUGAGACAAUGAACUGGUAUGCUGCUAAACAUGUUUUGGAUACCAUGAGAGAUUAUUUGGAAGAAGGCAAGAAGCCUCCGGACUACAUUUUCGAGGGGGCCAAGGCGUUGGUGUACCAUCUACGCAGCUGGUCUCAACGGAAAGAUCUGAACCAGGUUCUUUUUGCAAAGAGCGCAAAACACGAUGUACCAGAGCACAUCCAAUAUGGCCGCCUGUUGAAGGAUCUUGGGAAGGAAGUAAAGACCUGUGAAGAAACCAUGGGUUCAAAAAUAUCCCAGAAGGCAACAAGUAAGUCGACAUCCCAGAUGGAUAGAAAACGCAGGAAGCAGAAGAAAAAGGACUCCACGAAGGGGAUUGAUGGGCUGGAUAUACUGGACCAGCAUACUCACAACAAACUCGUGGAAAUGGAGGAGGAACGCAAAAGCAUUUACAACUUUGACGAGGAGCAGAGUGACGUGUCCUCGCCUGGAAGUCGGGUACCAAAGAUCGGGGCCUACACGGAAUCAUCCGAGGGAGAAUCACCCGAGAAGUUCACCGCCAAUCGCUCAUUGCUCACACUCAAAGUGUCUAAUGGCAAAAUAGUUAGUGAGCGUAAGGCCAAGCAGGGAGAGUUCCAGCCGCUGGUGACCAGUGAGGACAGCGACUCGGAGGGCCUCGUUGUGGAUGAGAACCCAUCCAAGAGACGACCGUCAAGAGACUUUAAUAACCCUAAACUCAAGCUCAAAUUGUCCUUUCACCACCCACAAGGAUCAUCUGAUGUAAAAACUGAACAGAAGCCUUCAUUACUCGGGCCACAGAAGCCUUCAUUACUCGGGCCACAGAAGUCCCCUCCCCUGAAAAAGCCAUCGGCACUUGAGGGCCCUUCCUCCCCCCGAUCUCUCACUUCCCCACGCCAGCCUCUCACCCCCACCCCCCGCCACCCACCCUCCAAACAGACCUACACUGUCCCUCCAAUCUCAACAUUGCUGCCACCAAAAACAGAAGUGUCUCAAUUGACUGAUCUUGAUCUCAAGUCUAGACCGGUGAAACAGGAGUCUAAGCCAUCCUCAUUGGUGAAAAGUGACCUGACUUUGAGUGACAUUAUAAAGAACCAAUCAGCAUUGAACAGUUCUCUGUCCACGAUUGGGAAAGUCGAGCCACUCACACCAGGUAACCUCGAGUCCAGUGAUGAGCAGGAAGCGCGUAGGAAUAUCCCCACAAUUCGCGGCGGCCUGAAUGGAAGCAUAGCAGACAUCUUGGAGGCCAGUGGCUAUGGGACAGAGACAGCCUUCACUGUGGAUGAUGAUCCCGAGCGCGCCUCCUCUCCCAGCAUGCGUGAGGCUAUCCAGGGCAUGCUGUCCAUGAGUCGGGGAGGGCUGAGCGGCAUGCAACUGUUCUCCAGGGCAGAGAGCCGGCGCCAGGCAAUACGGUCACGCGGCGUGGGGCACCUUGCAGAGGAGGAUGAGGAAGAACAGCUCUCCAAGUGCUACCAGGACGAUGAAUACGUGUACCCCACACUGGAGAUGGAUGACGACGACCAGGACCAUGCGAUGAAGUCUCACAGCAAACACAGCAAGGAUCAGACCUGGAACCCUAAAGCACGUGUUCACAUCACUGUUCCCCUGGGUGAGAGGACACACAGGGAGGGUGUUGCCAAGGAGUCUGUGAAGAACAGUCUGGAGGCGUCAGCGGCCAAGAUAGCAGACCAACCAAAGGUGAAGAGGCAGUACAAGAAGAAGACUAAGCUAGACAUGGAUGCGGGGCCAUCCAGUUCAUUCCUGUCUCCUACCCAAUCCGGUUCUGCCUUCCGGCCCGGCAUCAAGUCACCCACACAUGGGGGAGAUAACCCUCUCAAACGUAAGAAACCCAAGAAGGGUGAAGCCACUGCCAAGCAGCGACUGGGCAAGAUCCUCAAAAUGCACAAGAUGAUGCAUUAACACUAGUCUCGCAAUGCCUGGAUCUUAGAUGAAAUUUGAGCAGCACCCUGGGGAAAAACACGGCUUAAUGCAUGUGCACAAAGUUUGCACAUGCUUAUCAGGGCCGACACAUUCUGCCUUGAUUUUCUUUUUGAAGAGACUAUCUUUAAAUGAAAUUUUACGUAAAAGUAGAAAUGGUUUUCUGUGAAUAGUCUGUACAGGCUACACAGGCUGGUCCAUGACGUUACUUUACACACUACAUUAAGCCUUGUUCUGUCAGAGGCUGGCUCUGUCAUAUUGUGUUUGGAUGACUUUUAGCAGGGAUUUGUUUUCAAAGUAUAAUAUAUUCUGAAUGUUUUGUGAGUGUGUUAGGAAAUGUUGCAAUGAAAUGAUGCAAUAACCUUUCAUCAGGCCAUUUGUUAAACACUGCUCUUGUUAAACCUCCUUAUAAGGGUAUUGAUUGUUUGUUGUAAUUGUAUUGUCUUUUUAGCUAUUUAAUUUAUUGCAUAUUGUGAUUUUACAUUUUAAAGAAAUUAUAUAUGUUACGUGUAAAAUUGUGCAUGUUUUGGAUUUAAAUAUCAAAUGAGUUACAUGUACCAGGUUAAUUAGUCUAUAAGAAUAAAAACCCUGUUAGACAUAAAAAAUAACAAAACAAGACGCAAACUUGUGAAAUAUUUCUGUUUUUCCAAAAAUGGUAAAUGAUAAUUUUAAAAUUGUGUUUUUGAAAAAUGUUGUUUUGUAAUUAUGUACAAAACAUCAUAAUCAUUUGUGAUUUAAUUCAUUUUAAAUUCUCAUUUUAAAUUCACACAUGUUUCUAACAUGAUCUCAAAGUUUAUUAGUGAUUAAAAUAAAUGUUCUCAAGAGGCAUUCUAACAGACAUUAAUUACAAAGGGCCAGUACAAUAAUUGUCAUUAAAUGCUUCGUUUUUGCUGAUUUUUUUUUUAAAUCGUGCACACUAAUUUGCUCAUUUAAUGUUUCAGCAGAAUGUGUGAUUUGCUGGAUCAAUCGCUUUUUUAAGCACUUUUUGUGUAUAGUUUUUGUAGUAUUUUCUUUUAUCCUAAAGCCAGUUAGACAAAACACAGCCUCAUUCCAUAUUACUAGAGUGCUAGACUACAACACUGAGGAUGGCAGGUUCGGUCACAUAGCAUAUGUAGGGGUUUGGUCAUCAAAUUAUUUAUACGUCAAUUCUUUUCUACCUCUUUUUCAAGUUGGGCAGUGUUCAGUCACUGGCAUAAGUAUGUGUACUUAUUACUGGUAAACUGGCUAUCCCAGGGAAGAGUGCAGGUAGCUAUACUAACUGCUGUUUAACACGGCAACAAAAUUAUCAAAAAACAAAACAAAUUCUAUAAUAUUAGAAGUCUGGCAUUUUUAAUUGUGAAUGUCCUUAAAUAACAUGGCUAAUGCAGUAAUUAGUUUUAAGUUAGUCACCUACAGGUGUAACUAGAUAAUUUAAGUAAUUUCACAAGUAACAAAAAGUACCAGACCUAGGUUACUUAAACUUCUGGAAAUAUUGUUCUUACACCAACAACAUGAACCCUGUAUUGGACUUCUUUUUUGUCUGACAAAGCUCUUGUGGUUUAUUACAGGUACAGUUCGUUAUAGUAUAAAUAGGUCAUUAAGUUCAUCUCUACUUUUGGCUUACAUUCUGUUCACAAUGCCAGUUCAGUGUUUGUGUCUGUCAAUCCAAUCCUGUUUGGGCUGUAACUCCAACAUUCAUAACACUUUUUCAAAAAUAACAACAAAUUGUCACCAUCUGGAGACGACGUGUCACAUUUUUUGACCCGUCCCUCUCUUGCUGGUUAAGGUCACAUUUUGAGGUCAAAUGUCAAAUCAUGAACUUGUAGAUUUCUUUUGUCAAUGCCUUCAGUUGUUGUUAUUUACGUUUGAAGGUAGAGAAAUUGAAGCAGACAAGAGGUUUUAAUUCCUGUACUACAUAGUGCAUAGUCUGAGUCCAAAUGUUUGUUUUUCUUUUGGUUCUAAGCUUUUAAAUGAUCUUUUAAUCAUCUGUUAAGUAAUUAAGUUGUUUUCAGGUGUUAAUUUGUUUUUGUUGUUGGGUACUGUUGUGUUAUUAGUAACAAAUCAAUAGUGUACAUAUAUAUAUAUAUAUAUAUAUAUAUAUAUACUUGUGCUUAUUAUAUUGCUCUAAGAAAUAUACUUUUUGGUAUCUUUAAACAGUAUUCUAAAGUCUGCACUUGGUCGUAUUAUUGUUGGUGGUAUUAUUGUACAUGAACAGUGCAAGUAAGUAUGUAUGAGAGAAAAAACAGAGCUGCAAUAGCCUCAUGUUUGUUCAUGGCUUGUAAGUGUUGUAAGUUUAUUUAGCUGCUAAAUGUGAUUACUAAAUGUUUUGUGAUUUUUUUCCAAAUAUUUCGUUUGUGUUGGUUUUAUUAUUGGCUGCGUUUGCUUUCUUGUCAAAGAAAGGAUGGUAAUUCAUUUGUUUGGUAACCAGAAAGUUGUUGACAUCUAUGUAGCCAUAGAUAGAAUUUAAAGCGAAUGUGGUGGCAUCCAUUUUCUAUGGAUACAAUCAUGUCUUAUUGUCUCUAAAUAUGCGUACAACACUAAUAUCUGUGUUAAGGAUUUCCCAAUAUUGUAAAUAUUUUAUGUACAUUAUUAAGAGUCAAAUCAAACAAAACAUAAUUAAAAUGAAAAACACCAUAUUUUCAGGCUUGUCUGGGGUCAUAUAGUUCUUCUGAAGUCUAAUUAUCAUCAAUAUUAAAUGUAUAAGAAAUUUAUUUUUUCUUGGGGCAUUUUUUUAUUUGUGCAUAGAGUUGGAUCAGAAAUACUGCUCAAUUACACGUUUAAUGAUGAAUAUAAUGCCUUUUACGUCAAUUACAGUCUUAGUUGCAAUAAAGCAAUACAAAUAUAUACAGAAACCAGUUGAUGUCAGUGUUUUCAACCCAAUUGUUUAAGUUGUUUUAUUUAAAAACAUUGUUUUUCAAGAAUUUUUGUUCAUGCGAAAUGUGUAUUUUAAUAGGAGCAUAAGCUGACAUUUUUCUGGCAUGAAAAAAUAUUCAUUUGUAGUUUUCACACAUGAGAAAGAGUUGUAAUUUUAAGCUUAUAUAAUAAGCAAUAUGACAGUAUGCCAUUUGUAACAUGCUUGCAUAGUGCACGUAUUUGAAACAAGUAGAUGUUGUGAUUUGUAAAUAUCAUGUGCAUUUGUACAUAGUUUCUUUAUAGUAUGUCAUCAAGUUUCAUAAUUUUGUAAAUUAUUGUUUAUAAAUCAUAGUCUUUUUUGUGUCAUCAUGUAAUUAAACAAGCCUAUAUGUAAAUACUUGCCCCUGUCAUCAAUCAGCCUGAUUCUAUCACAACAGUGUUAUUUCAAGCUUUGUAAAAAUGGGGCAGACAUUUAAAUUAUGUUGUUAACAAAUUCAAACGCAAGAUUUUUAGCUUCAUUUUUACUUCAUUAAUUGUAUUAUAGUAUUUAUAUUUAAUAUCAUUACCAAUAACAUUAAAAUCUAUCUGAUAAAUAAUCAUUCAAUUGCUUUUUCGCGAUGGCAGCUAUUCAUUUGUUUUAUCAUACACAGCAUUCAAAAUCCUAUAUGCAUUUGACCAGAGCUCCAGGUAAGGAUUUAGUCCAAAGGGUACUUCACCCCCUGAUAUUAUUGUUAAAGCGUAUUUCACUCCUUUGUUUCAGCCAUAAAGGGUAUUGAGGAAUAUUUAGGGGUAUUUUUCAUUCCAUAGAAAACUGAAAAAGUAAAUGGAGUGUUUAAUCUAGAAAUAUUAUUAUUUGUUAUUUUUAUUCAUGAUAUUAUUAAAUGCAAACAGAAUGAAUUUAAAAUGACAAUAUGAACAGACUUUCUUUAAAAAUAUUCCCGAUGGUCGCUUAAAACAUCCCUUUUUUGAUACACUAACAUGAUGGGCCGCCAAUUUUAUUACAAGCUUAUUUUGAUUGACUUACUUUUGAUUCAAAGGUUAACUUACACUAAAAAAUCAAUUGGAUUAUUGGUUAAACCAGUUACGCACUUUAAUCGAUUUAAAAUACGUACCAAGAUUUGUAUUGCAUUUUGUUACGUACUGGGACGAUUUUUAAUACCUUUUUUUAUUUGUUCAAUGCGUAAAUACGCCCCUUAUCUGGAGCUCUGCAUUUGACAGCAUGAUUCACAUUUUAAAAAGUGCAAGAAGUAAGUACCCCCGGUAAUCAUAUUUAAGCAUGCCUUUCCACAAGUGCAAAGACCUAUGUAAAGCUUUGGUAUGACUUUUUUAAUUUAAAACAUGUUUGUGUUCUAUAUUAAUUUCUAGAUUACCUGAAUGUUCAGACAAGUAGAAAAUAUCAUAUUUGAAAAUUAAGGCACAAGGGCAACCAUGUGUUAAAAUGCCCAAUGGAAAGGCCUGCACUGAUCUGAACGUAAUAUUUUUGGGCUGUGCUCUGUGAAAAGGGGGUUUAAUGCAUGUGCAUAAAAUGUCCUCCGAGAUAAGCCUGUGCAGUCCGCACAGGCUAAUCAGGGACGACACUUUCCGCUUUUAUGGUAUUUUCUGUUUAAAGAAAGUCUUUUCUUAGGAAAAAUCCAGUUUAGGCAGAAAGUGUCGUCCCUGAUUAGCCUGUGUGGACUGCACAGGCUAACCUGGGAGGGCACUUUACGCACAUGCAUUCAACCUCUUUUUCACAGAGCACGGCCCAUUUCAACAUUUUAGCUUCGCUCUAGGAACAAUGGCUUCGAUGCAUUUGUGUUAAUUAUCGUACUCAUAAUGGACGACACUUUCCACCUACAGUGGAUUUCGUUACAAGCGGACUUACUUUGACAUAGAAAUACCACGCAAGCAAAGUGUCGUGCCUGAUUAGCCUGUGCACACUGCAAAGGCUGGUCUGGGAUGAUACUUUACUCCCAUGCAUUAAGCCCGGCUUCCCACAGCAUGGAUAGUUUGUAUUUAUUGUGAGGCUUACAUUUAUUUUGUAUAUCACACAAGUUUUUAUUUAUUUUUGGGCCUAUUGGGUGCAUUCAUGCGCAUGUCAAACAUUUUGUACAAAAUCAACUUUGUAUAUACUCUUUUGUAAAAUAAAUCGAUUACAAACUAA